CUCUGAAGUUUACCGUUUAUUGAAAGAGCUACUUCCUGCACUUAGUGUCCUCGAAAUAUGGAUACCUUUUCACAAAACAACAAGACUGUUGCCUACAAUAUAUACACUGGAUACUGGAUCAAUUGGAGCAAAGGCCAUACUCUUGGAGCAACUAUCACUCUUGAUCGGCGAGAUGGAUCCCUCCUCAUCGCUUUCUUGGCCAUGUUUGUCAGUGUUGUCGGGACAAGCUUCUGGAGAAUCUCUUGCCUCGCUUUUCAUUCACUUUACUCCACCGAGGCUGCUCAAGACGCGCUUUAUCACCAGAGGCAAGCCAUACUUCGGAAUUCGGCCAAUAGUACAAGUGGCCUCUGGAGCUUACUCAAUGUUCUUUGGGUAUGGCGACGAAGUGCUGCUCAAAUCAAGUUUACUCGAACCAGGCCGUACCAGCGCAUUUUGCCAAUCAUUGGCCUUGCAGCCAUCUGUAUUGGUGGUUUUGGAACUGCUGGUACUUUCUCUUCCAGUAUCUCCACUGCAAUGGGAAACGAGGUCCUUGUUCGCAGUCCGACUUGUGGCCUCCUCCAAAUUAAUAGCGAAACUACCGACAUGCAGUCCGCAGCAACAUAUCUGUACCCAUUUGGGGCGGAACUAACGAACACGUAUACAAAUUAUGCACGGAACUGUAUCACCGACGUGUCAGACCUAGCUUCCUGCAAAGCAUUCAUCAAGCGACAACUGCCAACCAAGAUCGACCGGAAUGCGAGUUGCCCCUUUCAGGACGGCAUUUGCAAGCUUGAUUAUGGUAACAUUGUUUUCGAUACCGGAUAUCUGGAUAGCCAUUUCGACUUCGGUAUCAACGCCCCACCCAAUGAGCGUAUCCUUUUCCGUCGUAUAUCAAGCUGUGCCCCUAUUAAAACGGACGGGUACCAAAAGCCAUACCAAGACCCUGAAACGAGAGAAAAUUACACACGCUACUACUAUACAACGAGUUCACAGAACGAGCAGGGUUCGGAUGAGUCUUUCACGUACGAAUAUCCGCAAUUGUCUCAGCGAUCGAUACCAGAACAAGGCUUCAACGCGAUGGGUGGUGGUAAAGACUAUACAAUUGGCGUAUCCAGUACUUACACUUUCAACGGAUCAUACUCGUCUCCGCCGGGAUUAAGUCUAAUUCCCAUCCCUGAACUUGAACAGCCGGACGCCGAUAUACACAUCAUCUUUCUGUCAGCAAACAGAAUCCUUUACGCACAAAUAGUGGACGACCCGUGGUUUUCGGCUCAUAGAAGCUCAUACACCAUGAAAGCUGACUCGGAAUACUCUGGUAAUACCACGACAUAUCAGAAAGAUGAACCGGUAUCCGCUCUUGCUUGCUCAAUCAAAGAACAGUACUGUGAUCCGAGCUUGCCUUCGGGCAGCCAAUGUACGCGGUUUGGUGGUUCAACGGAAUCCUACAUACUGGCCCACUAUCUUGCGCAAAGCACCAAGAAGCGGAAUAUUUUUGACUGGAUCAGUUUGACUAUAAACGUGAGAAGCGGUUCUAUGGCUACUGUUCCGGCUUAUCUCGAGGCGGCUUCACUGGCAGCACGCUACAAGCUGCGCGUCGGUUACUCAGGUCAACUUCCAGACAACCAAUGGCAGAUGGAGGUGGAGAGCUGGCAUGCUUCUUCACUUGCCACUCUGCAAGGAGCCAUAGCUGAUACCGCGAAAGGGUUGUCGGACCUGAACCUAGAGCGUUGGUUGGUGAAAGCAAAUAACACAGAGGAGCGAAACAUCUGUCAUAAUCAAAAAAUCCAAAAUUCCGACUACUUCAACAUUUCUGUGUUUGGUCUUUGUUUCACUCUUGUUCUUGGUACGAUCGUUAUCUGCUUGUCCUAUACGCUUGAACCUAUGAUAAGUUGGAUCCAGCGAAGUCGUAACCUAGACGUAUAUGCACGUCUUGAAUGGAACACGAACGAAACGUUGCAGUUGCAACGUCUCGCACAUGAAGAGCUCGGGGCUGGAGUAUGGAAUGGCUGCGCUUCCAACGUUCCUUUCACGAAGAGUGGGGAAAGGCUUGCUGUUUUAGACUUGGAAGACAAAGACCAUCCGCGGCUAAAGGCACCACCAAAGACGUUUGAAGAGACUCAGUUAGCUGAGAUGCCAAAAAGUAACUCAUAGCGGUGAGAAUUGAACACCAACUCGGUUUGCCUGGCCCUACCCAUGAGACAAACAAGGGGAAAAUUCCAUAGUAUCUUUCAUUAAAUUUCUCUGCUGCAUCAGAUUGUCAAAUAGAUAAUAUGAGAAUUUCUAGACUCCGCAACAGAACUAAGUAAUC